GCAGAGAGAGAAAGCACUACAAUUGUAACUCUCACUUUCCAGGGACAUGGGGCCAGAUUAGGUACAACAACGCUGUACUUCAUCGAGAUUCUAUCAAUCAAACGCCACUUACAGGACACAGGCGAGAAGCAAAGCGGUUCAAUGCACACUAUGUCGAUUCUUCUCCAGUUAAUGAGGAUAGGUCAUCACAAUAUGAUGAAAACAAGAAAACUGCAGGGGAACAAACUGCACUGCACAUCACACGCAGCAAACAAGGGCAUGUAGGCUAAACAAUGUUGGACAUUUGUUAUAUAUAUAUAUAUAUAUAUGGUGUUUUUUUUUUUUUUUUUACUUUUGAAGACACAACGCAACGCAACUUUUGGAGGCAAAGAGACUGUAUAGUUUAGAAGAUUGCCGCGUUUACAGAUAAGAGUUUUACUGUAAGGCGAAAACUGUCUUUGUGGUCAAGAUUGGAUAAUAAAAAAAACGCCCAAAAAGAGUUCUGCCCACUUAAACUCAAAAGGGCGGUUUUAAUUGAUAUGUUUUCGAAAUAAUAUAAUAGCCAGACACAAGCCAAAAGAGCUAGACCCAAGCAUUUAUUUCGGUUCUUGCUUAAGUCUUUGAUUCUUAAGAUGUGCGUUAAAGCAGUUAAUGCUCUUCUUUCCUUACUUUUGCUAGCGCUGUGUUUGCAGUGCGCCUCAGGGUUUUCCGUGGCGGGGCAGGUGAACACCUGUGAGGCCAAUGGCAGUGUCUAUUAUGUUGGCGAGUGGUACUUUCUGGACUCUGAUCACUGUACCCAGUGUGAGUGCACUGUCGAAGGAGCGACCUGCGCUAGAACCGAAUGCACCUCUCUGCCCCCAGCUUGUAUCCAUGUCAGCCACUACCCAACCGACUGCUGCCCGAGAUGCGAGAAAAUAGGCUGCGAGUACAGGGGAGAGGUCUUUGAGCUUGGAGAACAGAUCCAGCCCUCGGAGUGCGAGCAGUGCACCUGUGACAUGGACGGCAUCGCCCGCUGCCUGGUGGCAGAUUGCGCCCCUCCUCCCUGUGUCAACCCUGUCUACGAGAAAGGGAAGUGCUGUCCAGAGUGCAAAGAAGGCCCAAAUUGUUACGCAGACUCUUCCCAGACACAAGUGAUCCCAGGAGGGGAGCCGGUGUGGAUCGAUUCCUGUACCAAGUGCCGGUGCCAUGACGGGCAGGAUGCGGGCUACUGGGAAGGCAACCGUGUGGCCCAGUGUGUGCGAGUGCAGACCUGUACGCCGGAUGAUGGGGAUAGCCACAACUGACUGGGUUACUUAAUUACACACAAACUUUAGUGCUAACUGGACUAUGUAGGAAAAACAAUCACAAUGUAUCACUGUGUAUCACUAAAGAAA